GGGGAGGGACUGAAGAAGAAGGCUAACUUGACAGCAGCGCUUCUUUCUUAGCUAGUCACCGGCCCCAGCCCAGGAAUCCCUGUGUGUGUGUGUGUAGCCUCUGCAGAGAGGUGGUUCUCUCGGAGUUCUGAGGAUCCACCGGAGCUUCCGAGAACUGGGGAGGAGCCAUCCCAGCCAUGACCCCCUGCAGGAAUCUGCCGGGGGGCAAGUGGCCCGGAAUCCUCACGUCCCUCUGGCUUCUCCGGAGGGAGAGGUGAGCCCUGGGCAGCCCGCCCACAGCCAGAGGUGCCGAGAGCCGUGGGCCUGUCAUGGUGGCCGUCUGCAGCCAGCCUGAGGCACUCCCAGACGGGUUUGCAGCUGAGCUUGUUUAUCUGGUGUGGGAAGAAGAUGGGGAGUUACUUGUCCAUCCCGGCUUACUUCACCUCCAGAGACCCCUUUCGGUGUUCAGAAUGCCAGGAUUCCCUCACCAACUGGUACUAUGAGAAGGAUGGGAAGCUUUACUGCCACAAGGACUACUGGGGGAAAUUUGGGGAGUUCUGCCAUGGGUGCUCUCUGAUGAUGACAGGGCCCGUCAUGGUGGCCGGGGAGUUCAAGUACCACCCAGAGUGCUUUGCCUGUAUGAGCUGCAAGGUGAUCAUUGAGGAUGGGGAUGCAUAUGCCCUGGUGCAGCACACCACCCUCUACUGUGGGAAGUGCCAUAAUGAGGUGGUGCUGGCCCCCAUGUUUGAGAGGCUCUCCACAGAAUCUGUGCAGGACCAGCUGCCAUAUUCUGUCACACACAUCUCCAUGCCAGCCACCGCCGAGGGCAGACGGGGCUUCUCGGUGUCCGUGGAAAGCGCCUGCUCCAACUAUGCCACCACUGUGCAAGUAAAAGAGGUCAACCGGUUGCACAUCAGUCCCAACAACCGCAAUGCCAUCCACCCUGGGGACCGCAUCCUAGAGAUCAAUGGGACCCCUGUCCGCACACUCCGAGUGGAAGAGGUGGAGGAUGCGAUUAGCCAGACAAGCCAGACGCUUCAGCUCUUGAUUGAACACGAUCCUGUCUCCCAGCGCCUGGACCAGCUGCGGCUGGACGCACGGCUCUCUCCCCACAUGCAGAAUACCGGACACUCGCAUAGCCUCAGCACCCUGGACACCAAGGAAAAUCUGGAAGGAACAUUAAGGAGACGCUCCCUGAGGCGCAGUAACAGCAUCUCCAAGUCCCCUGGCCCCAGCUCCCCAAAGGAGCCCCUACUCUUUAGCCGUGACAUCAGCCGCUCAGAAUCCCUCCGCUGUUCCAGCAGCAACUCACAGCAGAUUUUCCGGCCAUGUGACCUGAUCCACGGGGAGGUCCUGGGGAAGGGCUUCUUUGGGCAGGCCAUAAAGGUAACACACAAAGCCACGGGCAAAGUGAUGGUCAUGAAGGAGUUAAUUCGGUGUGAUGAGGAAACACAGAAGACUUUUCUGACUGAGGUGAAGGUGAUGCGCAGCCUGGACCACCCCAAUGUGCUCAAGUUCAUUGGUGUGCUUUACAAGGACAAGAAGCUGAACCUGUUGACAGAGUACAUUGAGGGGGGCACACUGAAGGACUUUCUGCGCAGUGUGGACCCGUUUCCCUGGCAGCAGAAGGUCAGAUUUGCCAAAGGCAUCGCCUCUGGAAUGGCCUAUUUGCACUCCAUGUGCAUCAUCCACCGGGAUCUGAACUCACACAACUGCCUUAUCAAGCUGGACAAGACUGUGGUGGUGGCAGACUUUGGGCUGUCACGGCUCAUAGUUGAGGAGAGGAAAAAGCCCCCAACGGAAAAAGCCACCAGCAAGAAACGCACCUUGCGUAAGAAUGACCGCAAGAAGCGCUAUACAGUGGUGGGAAACCCCUACUGGAUGGCCCCUGAGAUGCUGAACGGAAAGAGCUACGAUGAGACGGUGGAUGUCUUCUCUUUUGGGAUCGUUCUUUGCGAGAUCAUUGGGCAGGUAUAUGCAGAUCCUGACUGCCUGCCCCGAACACUGGACUUUGGCCUCAACGUGAAGCUUUUCUGGGAGAAGUUUGUCCCUACAGACUGCCCCCCAGCCUUCUUUCCCCUGGCCGCCAUCUGCUGCAAACUGGAGCCUGAGAGCAGACCUGCAUUCUCAAAACUGGAGGACUCCUUUGAGGCUCUCUCCCUGUACCUGGGGGAGCUAGGCAUCCCGCUGCCUGCGGAGCUGGAGGAGCUGGACCACACUGUGAGCUUGCAGUACGGCCUGACCCGGGACUCACCCCCCUAGCCUUGGCCCAGCCCCCUGCAGGGGGGCGUUCUGCAUCCACCAUUGCCCCCUCUGCGCCCUGUCCCUGCUGUGGGCAGGGCUGUCCGGGCUUCCUGUGGAUUGGCAGCUUGUUUAGAACAGAACAAGCCAUCUCUACUACCUCCCCAGGAGGCGAGCGGGCACAGCACCAGGGAAACACAUCACAGGUUUGGGGGCCUGGUUACUGUCUGUAGAUCCAACACUCGCCUGAAAGCUGUGAAGAAAGAAAAAAAAAAGAAAAAAAAAGAAAGCCUGACCCAUGAGCCAGGAAGAAUCUGUUACUCAUGACCACUUGGGAACCCCCUGGCAUUGGGAUUCUGGAAGGUUCUUCCUUACACUAAUCAGCAUGACCUGGACCUGCUGGGCAGGAUUCCAGGGUGAACCUGCCUGUGGGCUCUGAAGUCUCUGGUCUAGCUAGGUAUAGGAGGACUUCAGGUGGGAGUGUAGACAAGAGAAAGACUGGUGGCCAAGUGGCUAUCCAAGGAUGUGAAAUGACAGUGGUGCUACAUACCCCCUUCCACUGUGUCCCCCUUCCCCUGUGAGGGGGCAGGUUUUGAAGAGUCCCUGAAUCUGUGGUGGAACUGACCAGGAGUCAGGGGAAGGGCUAGUUUGUUCAUCUCCCAGGCCUAGGGGCCACAUCACUGUGAGGGGGAGCUUCCACCUCAUGUUCUCAAACUGUACUGCUAGAGGCUCGCUGAGAGUUCCUGGGCCUCUCUACCUGCAACAAGCACUCACCCACAAGUGCAACAUGAGGCUGGGGCCUGGAAAGAAAGGGGUCCUGCCUUCUAUAAAGCCCAUAUCCUGGCUGCUGUCAUUCAUACCUUGGUGGGCACCUCAGUCAGGAGCCCGAGGCAUUUAAACUUAGUGCUAGAUGGGUUCUGGAGGAUUGUGUGGCUUGCCCCAGGCCCAACAUAUGAGUCGGGAAUGGGAAUCUCAGCAGUCUCUUGGCCCUUCCCUGUGGCAGCCAUUGCUCACCCUUCACCAUACCUGGUCUAGGCAGCAAGGAGGUGGUGGCAGAGUCCCGGAACUGGGAUGCUGGGGGAGACCACUCCCUGAGCUGGGCUUUCUGGCUUCUAUUUCCCUUGUUGGUUGGCCCAGCUCACUAGCUCCUGGCUUCAGCUUCUUGACAAUUAUGGGCAAUGAAAAGCCCUGGAGGCACGCUCCACCUUGGCUUCCGAGGCCAGGGACAUUCAACACAACAAAAUUUGCCUCCUCCUAUGUGUCUGUGAGCUUGCACCAUAUUUAACAAAUUGGGAAUGGGUUUGGGAUAUUACUGCGAUGUGGUUGUGGGGUGGGGGUGGGGGGAGGCAGUGGCGGGGAGUGAUCCAGGAGAGUGGUUGAUGUUAAUACUGUUUUGUUGCUCUGUUGGGUGAUAUGUGAAAUACUGUACAUAGGCCUGAUAAAUUGUGGGAUUAGAUGUCGUCUCUGGACAGAGUUUACCUGCUAUAUAGACCAUACUUACGUGUGGAGUGUGCAAGCUUGCUGUAGGGUUGAGCCCUGGCUCCCAGCAGCUCUAAGUCAGCAUUUUGUGGCUGGUUGCGCCUCAGCUGUCCCCAGCAAGCAUGGGAGUGGUGGGCCCACUGUGGGCCAUUGAGCAGACCAAAUAAAUUAAACAGUUAACAUAAGUGAGUGAUGUUACUGAGAGUGAAAAAGUGAAUUGGAGCCUAGCUCAGCAGGAGGAUACACGUGGGAGGUCUGCUGGCCACUUUCAGGCCCCUGCUCCAUGACUCCCCACAGCGGGGGACUUUUUAAGCCCCUGUGCGCCCCCCCCCCCCAACUCUAAUCCCCUCUUCUUAUGUAGACACCAAUCUGCUCCAGAAAACAAACACAUCCCACCUGAGGCAACCCAGUCCUUGAAGCAGGUCUGAUUCUGACCUGCAGGCCAAGUGCUUCCUUUGGAGCCAUACACUUACACCCUCUGAAUGCCUGGAUAUCCUCCCUGCAGGGCCUGGUUCCACAAUCAUAAAGGGAAGAAAUAAAUGCAAGUCACCUUCA